AUCUUCGUCGAAAUAAGUUACUGUUCCAACGUCAUGAGACUUCUACUAUUGCUAACCGUCGUCUAUGCUGCAUCAGCAGCGGAGACACCCGGGUUCUUCAUAAAACUGUCUAAAAGUGUUCCUCGCAUUGGACGUCGCGGUGAUUUCGAAAAUUUCUUUUUAAAACAGUCUAAAAGUGUACCUCGCAUCGGCAGACGCAGCGGAUUUAUGGCCUCAUCGCAAGACACCUCGAGCAAUUGGUUCGAUCGACUCCUUCGACCUUCCAAGCGCCCACUCACCGAUAAUACCGAGCCAACGGAAAACAGUCGAACUUACAGCAAAGUGCGUCCCCUGGAUCUACACCACAUUAUAGACAUCCUUUCGGACGAUUUGUUCUUCGGAUCAGAUCUUAAGUUCAUUUCCUGGGAUGUGCUGGACAAGGCACUAGAGGAAGAUCCCGAUCUGAUGGCUAAACUCAGUGCUUUGGCCCGUGAUAAGGAGGUUCACCAAUUGAAACAAUUAUUGUCCACCGACAAGAAUGAACUCGUUCAAUAUGUCCCGCUUGAAGGCAGUCCAGCAGAAACCCACUCUAACAAGGCCUAUAUUUAUCGCACCGAUGGAGAAGAACGGAACAAUCAACUUGGCAAGGAAAAUGUGGAGUACCAGCAAUGAAAUCAUCACAUCGACAAGCGAUUCGGAUCUGGUUCUUUUACUGAGCAGCUAACAAGUGCAAUUAGUGAUUCAUGGUUGCAGUGUAAUUUAAGACAUCGGUGUGGUUUUGACGUUCCUAUUUAUUGUAAUUCAUAAGUUUGGCCCUCUAAAAACUGUCACAUAUAUUUACAGUCUAAUCCU